AAACCACGCGAUUUGUGUUUUCUACCAAUGAUUUUGAGGAAAGUUAUGAAUGAGGUUUCCACACCUUACUUCUACCACCGUGAUCUCAACCUUGUAGUCCGUUCAGAAAUUGACAAAUGUGUCAAAACAAAGCAUUUGUUAAGUUUUUCCAAGUUUUUAAACGUGUGUAAAUAGUUUGAGUUUCUAUAACGAAUGUAAAUAGUCUUAUUUGUACCAAUUUAAGGCAUUGAGAAUGAAAGAUAAUGAAGCAGAAGAUAAAAAAGACAGGAAUGUCUUUAAACUCCUAUCUCAAUUACGAAAAGAAAAGUUAUUUAUCACAAGUGAGAAAUCCAACAUCCAAAAAUUGAAUAAGGCGAUAAAAAAGAAAACAGAAAUUCUGCUCGAAACAACUUGGAUAACAACAAAACAAAGACUUCACCUGCUUAAUCAAAGAGAGUUUACAUCACAAAACUAUGAACAUAUCAAGGCCAUAGUAAAUGCGGAAUUUGUGGAAGCUAAAACACUUUUAGGUUUUCAGUCGGCUGUAAAAAUUGAAAAUUUGCUACAAAUCUUACGGUCACAGCCUGAACAACUGGCAAGAUGGCUUUUUUUGGGAGAACAAACGGCUGAUGAGCCAGAUCAGUUCUCAAGUGUUUUACAAACAAUUGUUACUGGAUUGUAUGCUUCUUGUAUAUUUCCAGAGGAUACAAACUAUAUGUUAAAACUAUUAUAUGAACUGUCAAAGUUGCAGCUAAUUAAGAGUGAAAAUCCUAGACGAAUGCUCAAACAGGGUAUAUGUUCUUUUAAGAAUUUAUAUUUCAUUUUUACUGAAGUCUUGCGUACUGCAAAAUUCUUCCUAAGUGCUGCCUUAGAAUUGCCCGUAUUGCGUUUAUCAUCAUAUAGAGAUUUCUACUUGGACGUAGAUCCAGAUAAAACGCUUAUUAGGUACAAGCAAAAUGAAAAUAAUCUAAAGGCAGAAUUUAGAGACAUACAAGAAUACCGAACUGAAGUUAUACGGAAACUGGCUGAAUUUACAAACCAUUUUAUUUCAUCCUUAAGGGAAAAUGUGUACAGUUUUCCAAAACCCAUAGCCUGGAUUGUUUAUCAGAUUUCAAAAAUUAUUACAAAAUCUUUUGGAAGUAAAGAGGCAAAUGCUAUUGUUACCGAAUUAAUUUUUACUUUAUACAUUUGCCCAGCAAUUGUUGAUCCUGAACAAUACUGCAUUUGUGAUGCGCAAAUUACAGAAAUUACGCAGCACAAUCUAAUGCAAGUUGGACAAGUGCUUCAAGUUCUAGCGCUUAACAAAUUUGAAUCUCCAGAUAUUAGACUUAACGAUAUUUACAGUUUAUUGGAUAAUGAUAUGGUUUGUAAUUUUUUGGAAGAUAUUUUAUUCAAUCUAGAGUAUGAUGAUGAUUCACCACCUCUUGAUAUCACACCACAAGUUGUUAGAAACUGUGCUCUAAUUGAAGAAGACGAAUUAAAUAAUUUGGUCAUGUUUCUCCAAAAAGUCCAUAAUGAACAGACUCAAAAUGAUGGCGGUAAAAAGCUUGUUCUAGGAAGUAAUGUCAUAGAAGAACAAGUUGCUUCACUUAUUCUACCUUCUUCACUGGAAAAUUCACCAAAAACUAAUAAACCAUUCACCAACGGCUUUGCUGAAAACAACUUGAAGAAGUCCAAUUUUUUGUCAUUAGUCACAAAAAAUCACACGUCUAAAUCUAGAGAAGAAAUGGAAGAGACUUUUCCCCUAACUGUACUGAUUUUCUCACUGGACAAAGAUGUAUCAGAACCUGUGGGUUUUUUGCCAGAAGAAAAAGUCGUAAAUAUGAACAUGAACAUUAAGAAGGAGGUGGUACUUCCAAAACCACCAACGGAAAUCAUAACAGAAGCUGUAAACGGCCACGUAGAAGAGAAACAAGCAUAUUCAAAUUUCCAAGAUGAAGGCUCAAUUGGAAAUACUUCAGAUAAUCUAGAAGCCAUAUCAGAAGCAGCAAGCAACCAUUCAGUUGCUAGCAGCCUUGAACUAGAAAACGAAGAUCAAAAUGACAAUCUUUCUGAUAUGAUUUCUGCUAAUGUGUCUGGAAGAGGAACUCCUAACAUCUCUGGUAGAGAUACUCCAAGCUCUCAAGUUAAUGAUAUUGAAGAGAGACCAAUACCAGAAGCAAGACAAGCCGACAUUGCUCAACCACAACCUCAAAUUAGUAGACAGAUUCGAUCAGAAAUUGACGAUAAAUUUUGCAAGUUUGAAAUCAAGAAGCUGUUAGAAGGAGAUGAGACUAUUUCUAUUAUAUCUGAAACGUGGAGUACGGACGUUUUAGCUUCCGAUAAUGAAACAAUCGAUGCUGGAGAUGCACGAGGAGAACGUCAAGGCCUGCAAUUGAUAGAUCAAGCAAUUAAUGAAGUUCCAACAGGAAAUAUCUUGGAUAUUUCAGAAACACAGAGCGAAAGUGCUUGGUCUACUGACGUAAUGGCAUCAGACACUGAAAGAAUGACUGAAGUAGAUAAUGACGACGCAGGUAGUGUGGCGCAAUCAGAUGAUACAAAUAGUGUAGCACGAUCUGAUGAUACGCGAUCUGAAACUGAAGAGAAUCUGGUCAGUCCAGCUAGCCGAAGGCUAUCAGGUUCGUCAAACAGCUACGUAAAUCACGUUAAUUACGUAAAUUAUCAGGAAUACAGAAAAGUUGAGAUUAAGAAUGACGUCAAAACAGACAACAAUGCCAACAAUGUGUUGUUCAAAUCAGUGACUACUUUAACAGAUACUCAGCAGAUUGCCCAUAACGCUUUAAGUUUUUCUGAGCUAAAAACUACAACAUAUAAUUCAAAUCGAGUUACUAAUAGAUUACAGAAAGAUGUUCCAGGACCCAGCGGUUUCAAUUCCAGUGCCUCUGAACUCUUGAAACAAAAUAGUUACGAAGAAAGAUCCAACGAAAUUUUACUUAGUAACUGCAGUUUGAAUUCCAGCUCUAGCGGCAGUAGUAGUAACAGUUUUGAAAAUAAACAUUCCCAUGCUGAGAAUUGCGAAAGAUGGGAGAGCAAACAGUGGUUAAACAGUUCCGGAAGUAGCUUGAAUGUUACAUCCACUCCUUCUGAAAGUACGAGCGAAUUGUCGGUUUUAAGCGUCAGUAAUUUGAAUAAUCCAGUUAAUAUUGUAACUAAGAAAUCUGCGACUGUAUUGAAUACUCGAAGUUUGAAGCCGUCUGCAUCCACAGGGGCCAUACCAAAAAGUAUUAGUUUCGAUAUGAGCGCUGAUAAAGGAGAUAAAUAUUUGGACGAUGAUCAAAGAAGUAAGAGAGGUGGUUUCUUUGGAAAAUUGAGGAUAGGGUUUAAAAACCGGAGAGGAAAGUCAUUUAGAAAUCAAGAAGAUUUUCGAAUGGAGAAUGAUGAGUUUUCUGGAUCAAAUAAAAAAACGCCAAAUGAAUCUCCAGUCAAAGUAAAUAAUGCAGAAGUGUCAGAAGAUAUUUUAGCAAAAUAUAGAACAAAGCCGUAUUUGGAAAGACAAAGUACUCCACUUAAGGGAACUAAUGGGACUGAAAAAUCAGCUUCAAAAGUAAGAUCUGUGGAAGAAAAUGGCCCCGAUAAUAUUGAUGUUAAUAAUAGUUUUGAUGAUAUUAAAAAGAAGUUACGUUUAGUAUUAAGUAAUACCACAUCACAAACUCCCAAGGUUAUUAAGGAAAAUAGAUUAUCAGUGAAGAGUAAGGUUGAAACAAUUCUUAGAUUAGAGUUAGGUAAGGCGCGCAAACUAAAAGAAUGGUCCAAUAUAGCCAGAAUUUCCGAAACGUUGAGGUUUGUGAAUUUGUUGAACGAAAGUACCUGCCUGAGCUUAUUACAAUCACUUCAUGAAGACUACCUUCAACGCGCUGUCUACACAGAAUAUUUAAUAUAUUCUCGCCAAGAGCUUCUAUUUUGCCAUUCAUAUCUAGAAGGCCUCAGCGAACAAAUAAAUAACGAGAAACAACAAUGCGAGAAGUAUUUAAGUAUGAUUUGCGUAAAAAAAUUUUUAAUGGAACAAGAAAUUAGGAUAAUGCAGUUUUGUGAAGAGUUCAAGGAAAUCAGCCUGUCGGAUGAAAAGUGCGAUUACUUAAAUAACUUCUAUGAUCAGUUGUAUUUGGUGAUGCAGAAGAAUGGUCUGUGGCAAGAUAUUUUGAAAAACUGCGGAGACGUUAUUAAAAUUACGUUGGAGCGAUGCAUUAUGUGCAAAAUUUAUAAAUAUGCUCUAUAUCCUAACGGUGAUGGAGAUCGCGACAGGGACCAUGUUCUUUUUCAACACAUUGAGAAGUUGUCCAGUAUUAUAAGCCCUAAUCAUAAAGAUUUAAUGAUUCAUAAAAUGUUUCUGCGAGAGAUGCCAUGGAUACCCGCUCAAGAUGCUUUAAAAGCUAUGAAUGCUUAUAAAACACCCAGAGAUAAAGUUAACUGUGUAGUUCAUUGUGCAAAAUGCAUAAUGGAUUUGUUGUCGUUUUCUCAAAACGCUGGGUCUACAACAGCAGACGAUUUUACACCUGUGCUCGUUUACGUAAUAAUCAGGGUUAAUCCAAGAUAUCUUCUCUCUACAAUACAAUUUGUGAACAGCUUUUAUCAAAAUCAAAUUGAUGGCGAAGAACUUUACUGGUGGACACAGUUUUGUUCAGCCGUUGAAUACAUAAAAACUAUGGAUUAUUCUGAUUGACAAAUACUUUUUCACAAUAAUCUAUAUAUAAAUAUAUUUCUUGUAUAAAAUAUUUAUGUAAUUUCAUUAAUAUUUUAAUUUCUAUUAUUAAGUAUAUUUUAAAUAUGAAAUUGUUAAUACAUUAAAAUGGGGGUUUGAAAUAAAAAAACUCAGUAAAA